CUUAGUUUCCAUCCAUAGAUUUCUUCCCUCUCACCAUCUCACCUCGCCCAUUCUCUCUCCCUUGGUCUUUGAUUUCUUCCUUGACCUUUCUCUCCGAUCUCUUCGUUCACUUAAUACCGAUACUGGACUCCCUUUCCAUUCGCCCACAAUAAGUGCGGUUUUCAACUUCCACGCCAUCCUAGACCCAAUCUCCCUCCCUCCCCGACCAUGGCUUCACAGGGCCCCGCCCCUGGAGGGCAGCCUUUCUCCCCUCAGCAGAUUCAACAAAUGAUUGCCAUGGAGGCUCAGAAGCGCGGCAUGACUGUCCCCCAGUUCCAAGCCUUUCAACGCCAACAGAUUGAACAAGAAGCAGCAAAGGCCGGCAUGACCCCUCAGCAGUUCAUCCAGGCCAAGCAGGAGGAGGCAAGACAGGCCUAUAUGAAGCAGCAGCAGGUGGCACAACAACAGCAACAGCAAGCUGGUGCACCACAAGCGCCUCCCGGCCAACAAGUCACCCAGAUCCCGCUCAACCAAGGAGUCGAGCCCACUCCCGCCGCACUUGCCGUCGCCAAGUUUCUCCGAGGACAGGACUUGAAGACGAGAGUGUGUAUCUUUAAUGGUCAAAGAAAGGACAUGUUCAAAGUCAAACGAGCAUUCCGCGCCCUCCGAUCCGACGCAUACAAAAAAGCCCGAACGAGGAAUCCUCUUCUUCCCCAAGUCGAGACCGAUAUCGAAGCCCGGAAAGCCGUCCAACUCCUCCCCCUAUCGAUGCUUGCCCUGCGCGUGUCCAAGAAAGACCCUCACGAAGGCCACAACCAUGCCAAGCCUAAGAAAGAAAAGCGAGUCAAAGGAUUAUGGGAGGUCAAAAUUGAGCCACAGCAAGACUUUGAACCGAUGAUGCAUUACGUUUGGUUAUACGAGGGUUCGCAAUGGAAAACCAAGAUGUGGGCAGGUCUUGUGCUGCUACUGGUCUUUGCCGCCAUCCUGUUUCCUUUAUGGCCACUGGUGAUGAGACAGGGCGUAUGGUACCUCUCGGUCGGAGUCAUGGGUCUAAUCGGCCUGUUCUUUGCUAUGGCCAUUUUUCGAGCCAUUCUCUUCGUCAUCACCUUCUUCCUUGUUCCCCCAGGUCUAUGGCUAUAUCCCAAUCUUUUCGAAGACGUGGGAUUCUUCGACAGCUUCCGUCCACUUUGGGGUUGGCAUGAAACCAAGGAGGAUCUCAAGAGGAAGAAGCGGGAGAAGAAGGCCAAGCGACAAGAAAGGGCUGCCGCAGCUGCUGCUGGCAAGUCAGCCGCACCCACUACCACCACAACAAUGGCGGCCGUCCCGGCCACAAGUGCCGAGCCCACUUCUCGACCAGCACAAGCCGAGGUCACUACGACCGGAUCUGAGACUGAGGUGGUCAAGUCUGUGGCCGCUAGACGACAUAUCGCACCUACUGUCGAGGAGGCCGAUGACGAGUGAUUGAGGGUGACUGGCGUUUGCGUUGAGAUAGUGGAAUGUAUCAAUAUCCAAACAUUUGAGAACGUGUCCUUGGCGGCUGCCGUUGUGAACCAGGAUUCAUGUGAUAUUUGAUGACAACAGACCCAUUUUCAAGUCGGCUGCAUCAAGUUGGCGAUUUUCUGCUGGCUUGGUAUUGAUCUGACCGUUGUUUCGUGCGCACCGGGCUUUCGAGGGGCGUCGGCUAGUUCUGCCACUCGAGAGGUAACCCUGGCCAGAAGGACGCGCAUGCGAUCCAACUCGAUGCUCAACUGUCCAUCUCUGGUCACCAAAUUGGGCUGAAUGUUUGCCUGGGGGUCGUUCAACGGUUCGAGCAUGGUCACCAGGUGCCUGUACUGUUGCACCUUUUGUCUCAUUUCGUCUCGCUGUUGGGUCAAAGUGAGCAACCUCUGCCGCGAGUUCUGGUAUUGCUUCGCCUGCUCAUCGUCUAGCCGAUGAUCAGGGUGGAGAUGAAGAUCGAUGUAGUUUUCAGGCAAGGAUGCCACCGUUCCGGACUGUGUCAAUAGCGCAUCGCGUCUUAUGGCAACUGUGUCGAGCUCUGCACUCUCUUCGUCGUUGCCCACCUGGUUCCAG